AUGGCCACUCUUCCCAUCUCAACCAUCCACAAACUUCCUCUUCAUCUUCUUCUUCUCUUCUUCUCCCUUCCCAUCAAAGCUAACCUCUCCAAAAUCAUGGAUACAUAUCCAACCUCUAACCCUAACGACUACUUUCUUCCAGCUCCGACGACCACCGAAUACCCACGAGUGGAAUCCAGCGCCAUUGCAGCGCUCGGCCACUAUGACACCAAAGCUGCUUAUCGCACGUGCGCUGAUAAGUGCUACUGCUGUUUACGUGACGACCCCAAGACCUGCUCCUACAUGAAAUGCUGCUUCGGCAUAGUCUGCAACUUGCCCGGCAAACCUUUUGGGUAUUGCUCCUUCAUGCCUUUGUCUUGCUACUGUGACUCUUGUGCGUGA